CCUCAGCCCCUCGCCAGCACCGCCAGGUGAGUAAACUCAUCGGCCAGAGCCGGAUAUAAAACGUUAUGACACUAACAGAUUACAGGACACUUUAUCAAAGUCCUGACUCCACCACACGACUAUCUCUGUGAGGCUGUGACAAGGUAAACAAAGCAUUAUAUGACAUGGAUGUUACACGUACUAAUUAGUUUGUAAAAUCACAUCAGGGAUAUUACGAAUAUUUUAUUAAUUAGAUAAAAGGAACCACAACACGAAGUGAUGGAGGCAUUUACAGCGUCAAACGAAGACAUGACAGCUCUAAGGUUACGGGAACAUGCAUACCAAUCAACUGACGACUGAUAGGCGGGGCUCAAGAGCUAAAACUUAGCUUUCCCCCCCCCCAAGGACAGCCAGGUGAGUAAACCUAAUGAACAGCACCGGAUGAAAAACGUUACGGCGCGAAGAGAUUAGAGUCGACCCUUGAGCACCGUCUUGACUCCACCGCCAGACCAAGCACAGCUGCGGACUCCAUCACCCGCCAGGCCACACCGGUACUCAUUCUGGUAGCUGUCCCUGGCUGAGGGGGCCGUCCCUGGCUGAGAGGACCGUCCCUGGCUGAGAGGGCCGUCCCUGGCUGAGAGGGCCGUCCCUGGCUGAGAGGGCCGUCCCUGGCUGAGAGGGCCGUCCCUGGCUGAGAGGGCCGUCGCUGGCUGAGAGGGCCGUCCCUGGCUGAGAGGACCGUCCCUGGCUGAGAGGGACCGUCCCUGGCUGAGAGGACCGUCCCUGGCUGAGAGGGGCCGUCCCUGGCUGAGAGGGCUGUCCCUGGCUGAGAGGGCCGUCACUGGCUGAGAGGGCCGUCCCUGGCUGAGAGGGCAGUCCCUGGCUGAGAGGGCCGUCCCUGGCUGAGAGGACCGUCGCUGGCUGAGAGGACCGUCGCUGGCUGAGAGGGCCGUCCCUGGCUGAGAGGGCCGUCCCUGGCUGAGAGGGGUCGUCCCUGUCUGUUCAUCACAACAGCCGCAGGAAAACAGCUCCGGAUUUUUAAGAGAAUCCCGAGUGACAGAAAUGGACCGAGGGAGAGGGCAACCCAACACCUCGCGGGGUCAACCUAGGUCACCAAGGGGUCAAACUAGGUCGCCUGGAGGUCAUUCUAGGUCCCCGAAGGAUCAACCCAGCACUUCGCGAGGUCACCCCAGGUCACCAAGGGGUCAAACUAGGUCGCCUGGAGGUCAUUCUAGGUCCCCGAAGGAUCAACCCAGCACUUCGCGGGGUCACCCCAGGUCACCAAGGGGUCAAACUAGGUCGCCUGGAGGUCAUUCUAGGUCCCCGAAGGAUCAACCCAGCACUUCGCGGGGUCACCUUAGGUCACCAAGACGGCAAUCUAGGUUGCCUAGGAGGCAUUCUAAGUCCCCGAAGGGUCAACGCAGCAGCACCUCAAAGGGUCAACCAAGCACUUCGCCGGAUAAACUCAGCACCUCGCCGGGUAAACUCAGCACCUCGCCGGGUAAACUCAGCGCCUUGCCGGAUAAACUCAGCACCUCGCCGGGUAAACUCAGCACCUCGCCGGGUAAACUCAGCACCUCGCCGGAUAAACUCAGCACCUCGCCGGGUAAACUCAGCACCUCGCCGGGUAAACUCAGCACCUCGCCGGAUAAACUCAGCACCUCACCGGAUAAACUCAGCAUCUCGCCGGAUGAACUCAGCAUCUCGCAAGGUAAAGUCAGCAUCUCGCCGGAUGAACUCGACACCUCGCCGGAUAAACUCAGCAUCUCGCCGGGUAAACUCGACACCUCGCCGGAUAAACUCAGCACCUCGCCGGGUAAACUCAGCACCUUGCCGGGUAAACUCAGCACCUCGCCGGAUAAACUCAGCACCUCGCCGGGUAAACUCAGCACCUCGCCGGGUAAACUCAGCGCCUUGCCGGAUAAACUCAGCACCUCGCCGGAUAAACUCAGCACCUCGCCGGGUAAACUCAGCACCUCGCCGGGUAAACUCAGCACCUCGCCGGAUAAACUCAGCAUCUCGCCGGGUAAACUCGACACCUCGCCGGAUAAACUCGACACCUCACCGAGUAAACUCAGCACCUUGCCGGGUAAACUCAGCACCUCGCCGGAUAAUCCCAACUACAAAACACAUGACAACUCUAAGCAGUUCCACGACAUCGUUAGAACUGUUCACUGUCGCUAUUACCUGAAGGAGGUGAAGCGUGACAGAAUGGUGCCGGAGACCUACACGAGGUGUCCUGAUGGUGGUGGCCAGAGGAAGGGUUGGUACGGGUUGUUGUUUCGGGCGGAGACGGACUCGCGAACCAGUGACAGGUACGGCAAUUUCACCUACACCAUCAACUUCAAUACCUUUGUUGACGAAUUUAUGAGUAAUGAGACAUACAAGAUUUACCGCAGAGAUCCGGUUGAGAACGAGGCAGCGUCUCUAAACAGACUCUUGAUAGCUAGUCCAGAUGAUGGAGACAUCAUCAGAGGUUAUCACCCCUACGACCAGGGGUCAGAAGGAGGCCCUUGGUACCAAGCCGACGGUAUAAACUAUUGGCGCAAUCCCGCAACAAACGACCAACCCGAGGAUGAGACUCUAGAGUUCCUCAUUAAAUUUUCAAAAGAAGACGUAGUGAGGCUGACUACGUCAGCUUCUCUAGCCGAGGGAGUGUGCGCCCACGACCCCCAGAACAGCAACACAGCCGCCACCAGCGCCUGUGUCAAGUACAAGAACCCAGAGAAACCCGCGCGUUCUCACUGGUGUCCAUCACCCUGGAGUUUAGAGAGAGCAGCCAUCAUAAACAGGAGACUGGAAACAAUUAGAGGAAACAGAUAUCAAAAUGCUGCUCUGUUCAUUAUGCUGAACACGAUGCCAAAAGUACUGAACAAGGUCCGCGUCAGACGAAGGAGAUUUCAGCUCAACGAACUGCGGGAGGAUCUCCUGCAGGUAAUACGGGAAGUUGGGAUCAGGCCUGAACGUUCAGAGGAAGUUAAUAGGAGGAAAGGUGAAAUACUGAGAGUAAUGGAACGUUGCAUACAGCGUGGAAUAGCUGAGAUAAGGACGGAACUGGGAAUAGGAGAGGAAGAAAGAACACAACUGGCCAGUGACCAAUUAUCCCAAGUGAUAGCCAUCGUGGAGCGCUGGAUGUUCAACAUCAUAAACGCUCUGUAAACUACGCCAAGAUUAACAACACAAGAAAACAAUGGUGUUUCCUGUCGAAGCGAGUAACAACUUUCUUACUUAACGAGACACACUAACUACUCAGUUGCCGAAGGACACAAAUCACUAGUUUGGUUGUUUAUAAGACUGAACAUGCUCACGUUACAAACACACUCGUUACGUGUCAACUACCACUAACUACGGCAAUUGCUCGGUUACUCCCCAGUUCCAGUCACCGCUGAUUACUUAGGAGACUCGUUAAAACAUCGUGUGUCGUAGUGCAGAACAGGAACGCAGUACGCACGCUCGCUUCGCAAUUAACAUGACCUGGGGUCGAAUCUCAACCAUGGUGGCAUCACGUGGCACUGUUCCUUCAGUGUUCUCCGCUAUACACUCACCAGUAAUUAAGGACGUGGUUAUAAAGCAAUUGGUAGAUCGUGCUCUGGGAUCAAACCUUUCGAACUCAGAAAAGUUCGUGUGUCAUCUAAAGUAAAAACAAAAAUGCUUUGAUAUUUCUUUGUGCGCAAUAAAAUAUGCUUUAUGGCUCGCAUCAACUUAUUUAUAAAUAUCUUUCAGUACAUGAUAGAACUCUCCCGCUUGUCCUCACAAUUUGACAAGCGUCACAUUUUAAGUGAUUUAGAAGAACUACAAACCUAGAAAUCCCCUUAACCUAAAAAGGCUGAUGUUCAUUACCCCGAAAGAACAUGCAUAUUUAUUGGUCUAAAUUCCACUCAAGCAUCUGAAGUUAAUUAUUCUAAUUCAAACUCUCCAACUUGUUCCUCGAGUUUGAGUAGCUGUGUUCUGGCCGGGACUGUGUUAAUCGCCUUCUGGUAGUCGAGAAAGAUGGAGUAGAUCUACCCUUUUCUAAAUAUUCCACGAGUCUUCUUCUGAUUAAUUUCUCUAGCAAAUUUGAUGACGAUCUUUCGUUGCUAACGUUUCCUGUCUUCCUCCUUUUUUAUUAUGUAUCUCCGUAGUUGGCGUUCUCCAAGCCUCUGGUAAUUCUCCUAAAAUUAGCGAGGAGUUGUGCUGAAGUUGUACCAGAUUUUUUCUAGUUUUAUCCGACAUCUUGUUUUUAUUAGUUUAUUCAACCCAUCCUCUCGGUUAGUUAAUACUUUUUGGUAACAAAGUGCACCAUAGUACAAAUAUGACGUAAAAGGCAACUACAUAGUAGAAUUUUGUACUAUUCUCUUUUUAUAAAGAGUCCGAAAAAUAAAGCUAAAAAAAAAAAAACUUGAAUACUCCUAGGCCUAGAAUAGCACAUAUAUGUACUAUAUAAUGUAUAGUAUAUAUAUCUACUCAGAUAGCAUGAAUUAGGCCUAGAAAUGUUAGGUUAGUUUAAGUUGUCUUUGCAACAUAAAUACAGAACCUUUUCCAGUUUGUUCAAACUCAAUAGUACCGAUUUCUACUUUCUAAUUGGCCAUUACGUCACAUAUGUACUAUGGUCCUCAUCGUUACUAUAAGUACUAACUAAACGGGAGGAUGGUCUGGUUUAUUGGUCCGUUAUUCAUUCAGUGAGAGAGAGAGAGAGAGAGAGAGAGAGAGAGAGAGAGAGAGAGAGAGAGAGAGAGAGAGAGAGAGAGAGAGAGAGAGAGAGAGAGAGAGAGAGAGAGAGAGAGAGAGAGAGAGA